GACGACGAUGCGGAGGACGAAGAUACACGGCCGGAUCCGGGUAGGGACGCCCGUGACCCCGCUGACGGGCCCGCCGCGCACGCAGACAGGCAGCAGUACCUACGGCAGGAGGUGCUGCGCAGGGCCGAGGCCACGGCCGCCAGCACCAGCCGGUCUCUGUCUCUCAUGUACGAGUCCGAGAAGGUCGGGGUCGCCUCUUCUGAGGAAUUGGUCCGGCAGCGAGGAGUCCUAGAACGCACAGAGAAGAUGGUAGACAAGAUGGAUCAAGACUUGAAGACCAGCCAGAAGCACAUCAACAGCAUUAAGAGCGUGUUUGGUGGGUUCAUCAAUUACUUCAAAUCCAAACCAGCAGAGACCCCAGCUGAACAGAAUGGCACACUUGCUCCCCAACCCAACAGCAGAUUGAAAGAAGCCAUAAGUACAAGUAAAGAACAGGAGGAAAAGUACCAGGCCAACCACCCAAACCUCAGAAAGUUGGAUGAUGUAGACUCCCAGACUAGCUCUGCUGUGAAUACUGAGGCUUACCCAAAAAACCCACACCUUCAAGCCUAUCACCAGAAGAUUGACAGCAACCUAGAUGAGCUAUCCCUGGGACUGGGCCGCCUGAAGGACAUAGCACUGGGGAUGCAGACAGAAAUUGAGGAGCAAGAUGACAUUCUUGACCGGCUGACAACCAAAGUGGACAAGUUAGAUAUCAAUAUAAAAAGCACAGAAAAAAAAGUCCGACAACUCUAAAGAUAGAGGAGUUCUACUCUAUUAUGAUGACAAUAUUUGAAAGAUCUCUUUAUAAACUCCCAAGAAAUUUCACUUAUUAUUUUAAUGUGUGUUUGCAAAUGCUGUCACUGAAUAGAUCUUAAGAGAUUCUUGUUGUGAUGAAGAAAUGUGUGUCCUCUUUGUCUCGGGGCUGACACCUCCUAAGUUCUUUCAGCAGAAUGUUGAGAGUUUGGUUCUGAGCACAGUAGCCCAGCCCUGAAUAUCUUAGGCCUUUGACUGUCAUGCUGGAAUAAGUUGAAAAAGUUACAUUUUCAUGAGUAUAUGCAAAGAUAAAAGCAGAAUUUCAGUCUUGCAUCCACUGCCCUUCAUUUCCCUAUUGGCUAUCUUUUUUUUUUUUUUUUU